GCCUACAAUCUGGUAUGCUACUUCACCAACUGGGCCCAGUAUCGGCCAGGCCUGGGGAGUUUCAAGCCUGAUGACAUUAAUCCCUGCCUGUGUACUCACCUGAUCUAUGCCUUUGCUGGGAUGCAGAACAAUCAAAUCACCACCAUAGAAUGGAAUGAUGUCACUCUCUAUAAAGCUUUCAAUGACUUGAAAAACAGGAACAGCAAACUGAAAACUCUCCUGGCAAUUGGAGGUUGGAACUUUGGAACUGCUCCUUUCACCACCAUGGUUUCCACUUCUCAGAACCGCCAGACCUUUAUUACCUCAGUCAUCAAAUUCCUGCGACAGUAUGGGUUUGAUGGACUGGACCUGGACUGGGAAUACCCAGGCUCACGUGGGAGCCCUCCUCAGGACAAGCAUCUCUUCACUGUCCUGGUGAAGGAACUACGUGAAGCUUUUGAGCAGGAGGCUAUUGAGAGCAACAGGCCCAGAUUGAUGGUUACUGCUGCUGUAGCUGCUGGCAUUUCCAACAUCCAGGCUGGCUAUGAGAUCCCUGAACUUUCUCAGUACCUGGAUUUCAUCCACGUCAUGACAUAUGACCUCCAUGGCUCCUGGGAUGGCUACACUGGGGAGAACAGUCCUCUUUACAAACUCCCUACUGAGACUGGCAGCAAUGCCUACCUCAAUGUGGAUUAUGUCAUGAAUUACUGGAAGGAUAAUGGAGCCCCAGCUGAGAAGCUCAUUGUUGGAUUCCCAGAGUAUGGACACACCUACAUCCUAAGCAACCCUUCUGAUACUGGAAUUGGUGCCCCUACCUCUGGUAAUGGCCCUGCUGGGCCCUAUACCAGGCAGGCUGGGUUCUGGGCCUACUAUGAGAUUUGUACCUUUCUGAGAAAUGGAGCCACUCAGGACUGGGAUGCCCCCCAGGAAGUGCCCUAUGCCUAUAAGGGCAAUGAGUGGGUUGGCUAUGAUGAUAUCAAGAGCUUCAGUGUCAAGGCUCAGUGGCUUAAGCAGAACAACUUUGGUGGUGCCAUGAUCUGGGCCAUCGACCUUGACGACUUCACUGGCUCUUUCUGUGACCAGGGAAAAUUCCCUCUGACUUCUACUUUGAAUAAAGCCCUUGAUAUACCCACAGCAGGUUGCACAGCCCCUGACUUACCUUCUGAACCAGUAACUACUCCUCCAGGAAGUGGGAGUGGUGGUGGAAGCUCUGGUGGAGGUUCUGAAGGCAGUGGAUUCUGUGCUGGCAAAGCAGAUGGCCUCUACCCUGUGGCAAAUGACAGAAAUGCUUUCUGGAACUGCAUCAAUGGAAUCACAUACCAGCAGCAUUGUCAGACAGGGCUUGUUUUUGAUACCAGCUGUAAUUGCUGCAACUGGCCAUGAAACUAAUGUCAUUCUUCCCCAGAUUUCUGCCCUCUCCCUUUAUCCUCACCAAAGGUAGCUUGCUUCCAUUUAAAGUUAUGCAAUAAAAUUGAUAGCCA